CCUUGACCUUUUUCUUUAUAUAAUAUCUUAAUGCCUGCUGAGCUUAAUCAAGUCUGUCACUCGAACAUCCCCCUUCCUGAUGAUGCUGAGGCACAAAGAGAUAAGCCAUCUAUUUCCAGAACCUAAAGAGGUUUAGGACAAAAAAAAAAAAAAGCGUUCAAUUAGCUGGUCCUCUCUGCACCUUCCUCAGGCCAGCUGGAUGGCUCGCGCAUCUUUGGGGCCCUCUGAGAAGAUUGGAGCUCCCAGCUAAUGCUUAGAACUGCUGACAUGGACAAUCUGCCAUCUCGCUAAUCCCAUCUCAUUCCUGCUCCACAAAUCUGAUUUUGCUUUUAGAGACUGAGAUCUCAGUGCUGGGCAUCCUCACAGAUCCCUACAAAUCCCCCACGUGGCAGCCAGGGGCCUCACCCUUGCCCUGUGGGGUCAUCUGGCAGGAGUUUACCAGUUGCCUCAAAGCAGGGGUUGGCUACUCACCAUCCGAAAGCAGAGGGACCUUCUCCUAACCUCCCUGGCCAUCCCAACUGGUUGGUGACAGAUCGAAACAAGCCCUCCAGCCUCUGACAGACAACAUGGCAGCCUCUGUGAAGACCAACAAAUCCCACGUCAUCUUCAAGAAGGUCGCUCGGGACAAGUCGGUGACCAUCUAUCUGGGGAAGAGAGACUACAUAGACCACGUCAGCCAAGUAGAGCCUGUAGAUGGUGUUGUUCUGGUGGAUCCUGAGCUUGUAAAGGGGAAGAAAGUGUAUGUCACUCUGACUUGUGCCUUCCGCUAUGGCCAGGAGGACAUCGAUGUGAUUGGCCUGACCUUCCGCAGGGACCUGUAUUUUUCUCGGAUCCAGGUAUACCCUCCCGUGGGGGCCAUGAGUGCCCCAACUCAGCUCCAGGAGAGCCUGCUCAAGAAACUGGGAAACAACACCUACCCAUUUCUGCUCACGUUCCCUGACUACCUACCCUGUUCAGUGAUGUUGCAGCCAGCUCCACAAGAUGUAGGGAAGAGCUGUGGGGUUGACUUUGAGGUCAAAGCAUUUGCCACAGACAUCACGGAUGCUGAUGAGGAUAAGAUCCCCAAGAAGAGCUCUGUACGGCUACUGAUCCGGAAAGUGCAGCAUGCGCCGCCUGAGAUGGGUCCCCAGCCCUGUGCUGAAGCCUCUUGGCAGUUCUUCAUGUCUGACAAGCCCCUGAACCUCUCGGUCUCCCUCAGCAAAGAGAUCUAUUUCCAUGGAGAGCCCAUCCCUGUGACUGUGACUGUGACCAACAACACGGAGAAAGUUGUAAAGAAGAUUAAAGUAUCAGUGGAACAAAUAGCCAAUGUGGUUCUCUAUUCAAGUGAUUACUACGUCAAGCCUGUGGCCACAGAGGAAACACAAGAAAAGGUGCAGCCAAACAGUACUUUGACCAAGACGCUGGUGCUGGUGCCCCUGCUGGCUAACAACAGGGAAAGAAGAGGCAUUGCGCUGGAUGGGAAGAUCAAACAUGAGGACACUAACCUGGCAUCCAGCACCAUCAUCAAGGAGGGCAUUGACCGGGCCAUCAUGGGCAUCCUGGUGUCAUACCAUGUCAAGGUGAAGCUCACGGUGUCAGGCUUUCUAGGAGAGCUCACGUCCAGUGAAGUGGCUACUGAGGUGCCGUUUCGCCUCAUGCACCCACAGCCCGAGGACCCAGCAAAAGAAAGUGUUCAGGAUGAAAACUUGGUUUUUGAGGAGUUUGCUCGCCAAAAUCUGAAAGAUGCUGCAGAGAACACAGAAGGGAAGGAGGAGGAUGCAGGCCAGGAAGAGUGAAGAGUUUAGUCUAGAUGCCUAGACACUGCUUGUAGCUCUGGGAGCUUUGAGCAAAGCCAACCGUAGCCUUUCAGAGUUAUGCUAGAUAUGAAAACAUGAGUGUUCCUCCAAGAAAUAAAAGU